CAAGAUAUCACAAAGGGUUUAUAAUGAAUAGUGUGGACGAUAUACGGGGAAACGGAACCACAAAAAACUGCUCUACUUUAAUUCAAGAUUACUAUGAUGGAUUGACUUUGAACAUAGAUAUCGAAGAAUCUGGUGUGACGUCAGUUAUAUACGGAUGCAUAUUCUGUAUAGGAAUGAUUUCAAAUCUUGCCCUGAUGACGUGUCUAUGUAGGGGGGGAAGAAGGGACGCUUCAAAGGUCUUGAUAUUAAACUUGGCGGUAGCCGACACCCUCCUCCUCCUAACACUCCCUUUCGCCAUCGCGCAUCGGGUUCAACGUCGAUGGAUCUUCGGUAGUUUCACUUGUAAAGUGGAGGAAGCGAUUAAGUUUGUGAGUUACUACAGUUCCAUGUUGUUCAUUACCGCCAUGGCUGUUGACAGAUACUAUUCUCUCUGCCGCCCACGCGCGGAUAAAAAAAAAUCCCAUUCUCGCUCGGUGAUCGCAUCUGUCGUUUUGUGGUCGCUGUCCAUCACGUCAAUCAUUCCACUUCUAAUGUUCGCUGAGGUUGACAACUUUGGGAGGUGUAGCGUCGUGUUCCCGGGGAAUAAUGUUCUUCCUGAUGAUUAUUGGGAGUUUAGUGAUUAUUAUAAGGACGAAUUAUGUGAUCAACUAGCAGGGUUGGAAUCGAUGGUUGGAGAUUAUACUGGGGUGGUGAACGAUACCAUGUUAGGGGAAACACCUACUAAUGACUUGCCACGGGUCCCACCGCGGGUCCCAUCUUGCGUUCAUCCUCCCAUAAGAAGUCUCCACAUAUGGGUGGUUUGCAAUUUCGUGCUCGGCUUUGUGAUUCCAUUCAUCGUCAUCUGUGUUUGUUACACGAGGAUAAUGAGGUUGAAUCGGUUUGUAUUUCGAAACUUCUUCGGGAGAUCUAAGCGUCGAACCCCAACCCAAGCUACAGGGGAGCUUCGUGGGGUGGCAGGGGAGGAACGAUCGGUGUCGGGUCGGUACAAAGUAUUAAUGGGGGUGUUGGUUCCAUGCUUGAUCGUUGCUUUCCUGUUGUGUUGGUUUCCCUACCAUCUGUGGCACUUGGCACAAAUAACUGGCAUUCCCAACGUAGAUGCGGCCACCUGUGAGUCGGUGAGGGACGCAACGUUCUGCCUCGCUUACAGCAACAGCGCGCUCAACCCAAUUCUUAACUCUUGUUUCUUGUUUAACGUUAAGGAACGUUUCAAGUCGUCGGUGAAUUGGUUCCGGUCGUUCAAAGACAAACGCACAACGGAAAACACGACCAAGCCUCCAGAACCGCUGAUGAUGUCAGAGAUUGAAGUCAAUUUUGAAACAAAGUUUUCGAUUGUUGACGACACAAGGACAACUAUUGACAUCCAAUAGUUCAUAUUAUGACGUCAUAUUUUAUUUAUUGCUCCUGGAUAAGUUACCAGCAUGAUGACGUAUUUGAUGAUUGCAAAUAAAUUGUGAAUUGUAAUUCUGGUUGAGAGGCUGUA